ACUAUUACCAUGUCUUCGGAUGUUUUAAAGAUUAUCGGGAUAAUAGAUGAUAAUGCGCGGGAUUCUUUCCAAUGUUGUGGUGACGUAGUCAAAGAGACAGUUGUCGUCUACGAUGCUACUUGCAAAUGUGAAAAGGAAAAGAACAACGCGCCACACAUUUCAGCUACCGGCACAUCGCCAGGGGGGUCUCAGGUGUGCGAGUAUAAAGCGGGAGAUAGAAAUGAAGGCAUGAAGAGGAAUGCUAAGGGCAAACGAGCCAGAGGCUCGAAACGGUCUCGCAAGAGGCGUAGGAACCGCGCCGGUGUGUCCCUCUCCUCUGCUUCUAAUGUUGCUGCCCACGAUGUUGAACCUCGCUUACCGAAACGUUUGAAUUGUAAUAAAACGCAAAAUUAAGUAGUUUAUCUAUGAUUUUUUAAAUUAAA